CUGCUUAGUAGAAAGAAAAAACUAAUAGCCUUGCAAACAAGUCCUUCAAUUCUAGGGUUUUUCCUUCAUAUUUCAUUCUGGCUCAAUAUCAUCGAAUCUGAGGUUCGAUUCUUCAACGUUUUUUUGCAUUUCCAGUUCAGUUCCGACUGACUCGAUUCUAGAUUUCGACGAAAAUGACGCAAGACGUUGAAAUGAAAGAGCAGCAGCCCACUCCAUCGAAUCCUGUCUCAUCGACUUCUCCUUCGGUUCUUCAGCAACUGAAGGACAUAGCUGCAUUAAUCGAGGUGGGGGCUUAUGCAAGAGAAGUUCGUAGGAUUGUCAGAGCUAUUCGGUGGACGAUCCAGCUGAGGAAGAAUCUUACAGCUUCUGUGGUUUCUGCAUUUCUUGAUUUUGUGCUUUUGCCAGGAUCAGAAGUGCAUACUCGCUUGGCUUCUUAUGUUCCUAAGGAGGACGAGCAUGAUAUGGUAAUUGAUACAGCAACAUCUGGUACCCAAACUCCUGCAAAGCACUCCUUACCCGAGCUUGAGAUCUAUAGCUAUUUGCUUGUUCUGAUAUUUCUGAUUGAUCAGAAGAGAUAUGAUGAGGCUAAGGCUUGCUCUUCAGCUGGCAUAGCUCGUCUAAAGAAUCUCAAUAGAAGAACUGUUGAUGUCCUAGCUUCCAGGCUCUACUUUUACUACUCUCUAAGCUAUGAACUUACUGGAGCUCUUGCUGAAAUACGGGGUAAUCUUCUCGCUCUACACCGAACUUCGACUAUGCGCCAUGACGAGUUGGGUCAGGAAACACUUCUGAACCUGUUACUGAGGAAUUACCUCCAUUACAACUUAUACGAUAUGGCAGAGAAACUGAGAUCAAAGGCUCCUCGUUUUGAAGCUCACUCGAAUCAGCAGUUCUCUCGGUAUCUGUUUUACCUUGGAAAGAUCAGGACAAUUCAACUAGAAUAUACUGACGCUAAAGAGUCUCUGCUCCAAGCUGCCAGGAAAGCACCCAUUUCUGCCCUUGGUUUCCGAGUUCAGUGCAACAAAUGGGCUGUUAUUGUCCGCUUGUUGCUUGGAGAGAUUCCAGAAAGAACUGUUUUCAUGCAGAAGGGGAUGGAGAAGGCACUGCGGCCAUACUUUGAGCUUACAAAUGCUGUUCGUAUUGGAGAUUUGGAGCUCUUCAAAUCCGUGGCUGAGAAGUUUUCCAGCACCUUCAGCUCUGACGGAACAAGCAAUUUGAUAGUUAGGCUACGGCACAAUGUUAUCCGGACUGGCUUGCGGAACAUCAGCAUCUCAUACUCCAGAAUCUCACUUGUUGAUGUAGCUAAGAAGCUAAGACUGGAUUCUCCGAAUCCUGUUGCUGAUGCUGAGAGCAUUGUUUCCAAAGCAAUCAGAGAUGGUGCAAUCGAUGCCACUUUGGAUCGUGCUAAUGGAUGGAUGGUAUCGAAGGAGACUGGGGACAUUUACUCCACAAAUGAACCUCAAAUAGCAUUCAACUCAAGGAUCGCUUUCUGCCUGAAUAUGCACAAUGAAGCUGUCCGUGCCCUCCGUUUCCCGCCUAACUCCCAUAAAGAAAAGGAAAGUGCAGAAAAGAGGAGAGAGAGACAGCAGCAAGAGCAAGAACUUGCUAAACAUAUAGCUGAGGAGGAUGAUGAUGAAUUCUGAGUUCUUCCUUUUAUCCAAGAAUUUUCUGAGUUUUCAGCAACGGAGUUUCAUUUCUAAUUCCAUAGACUGCAUGUGCUACUGCUAUUCUCUCAUUAUAGCUUUUGCAUUCUGUUGUAUGAAUUUUCUGCUUUAGGAUCUAAAGUGUUUUAAUUUAUUUAUUUUGCCUAUUUUUAA